AUGGACUUAAACGGCGCCGUUUCAAAUUCUUCCGGCUUAUCGGCUCCAGCUCUACCGCAUGGGAUGGUUCCGGUGUGGGCUAUUCCAACAAACGCCGUGAUUUCGGCAGGUGGAGCUUAUCUAAUGAUUCCGAUGAACCAAUCCUCCACCGUUGCUGAAAGAUCGUUAUCGUCUUUUCUCGCCGCGUGCAACAAGCAGCGAUGUUUACGCCGAGUUUUCAAGUUGCUCAGAGCAGCGGCGUAA